CCUUUAAAUAACAAUAAAACUCAAGGCAAGUACACGCAUUAAAAUCGCGUAAGAGGGGUGGCGUUUCUUACUAUAUAUAAUUCCCCGGGAUUCCGUAAAAUAAUCAAACAAUUCCCUUGCAGUGAAAUAAACUAUAGUACAAUGAUGCUAAAACUGGUUGCCCUAUUAGCUUUGGCCUGCGCCCUAUCAGCCUCAGUAGCUCCCAAACCCCCAGCAACCCAUAAAGAAGACACUUCUGAGGCUGUAAAGUCCACCCCUUUGCACCCGUCGGCACCUCAGAAGGCCUCAGAAGAAUCCAAACCCAUCAAGGAAGAGCCCAAGCCUGUCAAGGAGGAACCCAAGCAGGAAGACAAGUCUGCUAAGCUCAAAGAAGCUACCACUCAUGAAGCAUCCACUACACACCACAGCAGGAUGAUGAACCACCCUCAUAUCACUACCUCGCAUAGUGCCAAGGUGAUGAACCACCCUGUGGCCCAUGCUGAGCCCAAGAACAAAGUGGUUUUGGUGGAAAAGAAGCCUGAGGAGGCCAAUAAGGAGCAGAAACACUAAAUAAUUCCUUAAAAUUUAAGAGAAUUUAAAUUAUUUAUUUAUUUUUUAGUAUGUAAUGCGGACAUUGUUAACUGGUUGGAACCUUGAAAAGUGUAUGAAUUUAAUAACUGGUUCUUGUAUGAACAACUUAAGAAUAAAACUCUUGUGAACCGUAAUAAAAA